AAGUGGCUAUGGCGGAGGAGGAGGAGGAGGAGAUCAGAGCGCCCCUGCUCACGGGUGAGUCGGACGCGAGCUCAUGGGAUCCGGAGGCACUCGAUCCUUCCCCUCCUGGUGCUGCAGCUGCUGCCGCCACCGCCCUGCCCGAGACCUUGAACAAUGAGCUGGGGAUCGAGAGCCUCGACUACGAUCCAGUCUUUAGCGUCGUCCACGCCAAGACAACCACGAUCAAGCAAAAUCGGCGCCUCUACGGCUACACGGGGGCGACGUUGGCCAAGUGGAGCAUCACGAUUUGCAUCGGCGUUCUCGUGGGCUUGAUCGCGUACGUGAUCGAAUCGUCUCAGGAGUUCCUAGUCACGGAGAAGAAAUCAUUUGCUCAGAAAACAGUGGAGGGGAGCCUCAUUCUGUCCUUCCUUGGAUUUGCGGGUUUCAGCGUUCUCCUGAUCCUCAUCUCCAGCUGCCUUGUUCUGUUUUGGGCUCCUCCAGCUGCUGGUGGAGGGGUAACUCUUGUCAUGGCUUAUCUCAAUGGGAACGAUAUCCCCGAUUUUUUCAAGCUUAGCACACUUAUCACAAAAAUUAUUGGAACAAUCUGUAGUAUCUCGUCUGGCCUGUUGGUCGGCCAGGAAGCUCCAAUGGUUCACAUUGGAGCUGCGAUCGCUUCAGCAAUGACUUGGAUGCACGGAUCACUGCCGUCGGACAAAGAUGCCAGCACCAAAAGCUCGCGAUCGUGCUGGAAUGCAAAAGCCACGAACUUUGUAAGUGCAUCCGUGCCUAGAAUCCGUUGGCUGAAUCUCUCACAGGACUUCUACAACGACAAAGAUCGUCGAGAGUUUAUUUCAGCCGGUGCUGCAGCCGGCUUAGCCGCAGCUUUUGGUGCGCCGAUUGGCGGGGUAUUGUAUUCUUUAGAAGAAGCUUCGAGUUUUUGGUCUAAGAAGGUGAUGUGGAGAUCACUUCUUUGUUGUACCUGCGCAACAAUGGUACUGGCAUCAAUCAAUGAAUGGCAGUUUUCAAUGGCUUUGCCUGGCAGCAUGGCGUUUCGUCAGCUUAAGCCUGGCUUUCGAAUCAGAGACUUACCACUGUUCGCGGUUACGAGCGUUUUUGCUGGUGUCCUGGGCGCGUUUGUAAAUAUUGUUCAUGACAGGGUUGAUCGUUUAAGACCUGCAGCAACACGAAAGUUUUCAAGACUUUUGGAGGUUUGCGGUAUCACCGUCAUAUCCGUGGCGGUAAUGUACUUGCUUCCUCUUGCUCUGGGGUCGUGCUUACAAGUUCCCGAGGGUCCUCUCCCUGACGGGAAAAUGGACGAAAAGUAUUGGCUACGAUACAAGUGCUCCAAAGGUGAAUACAAUGAUCUGGCUACACUACUAUUCUCUCUUCCUCGAAAGAGCAUGCAACAGCUAUAUAACAUGCAAGGAGUAAAGCAUCAGUUUCCAACAGCAGACCUGGCGAUUCAUACCGGAUCAGUACUUUUCUUGUUUAUUAUUGCGUAUGGAACAGCCACUCCUGGUGGCAUUUUCAUGCCCUCCAUGCUCGCUGGAGCAUCCUUCGGAGCAUGCAUGGGAACAAUUUUUCAGGCAAUUUUUCCAGGUGAAAAUAUACAACCAGGACUUCAUGCGAUCGUGGGAUCAACUGCAAUGCUGGGAGGGGUGUUCCGGGCUUCCAUAUCUUUGGUAGUAAUCAUGGUCGAGGGAACGGGUGGCAUCGAUUUCAUCCUGCCGAUUAUUGUGGCCAUAGUCGUCUCAAACUGGGUUGCACACCACAUAUAUCACGCUGGCGCCUACGAAGCCGACUUGGAACGCCUUGGUGGAGUCUACUUCAUGCACAGCGAGCCUCCGCACCAACUGGCAGCCUUGACUGCAUCGGAUAUUAUGUCGCCCAAUGUCAUAUGUUUCCAGGAGGUAGUUCCUGUGCGGGAGGUGCUUGAAGUUCUUCGCAACACUAGGCACAAUGGCUUUCCGGUGCUGAGACACACGAGCGCGGAAAAUUCUGGAGCAGGCGAGAAAUUCGUGGGUCUCGUGUUAAGGCACCAGCUUCUCCUCCUCCUUGAGGAAGGCCUUUUCUCGGAAGUCGAUUCCUCCAGGCAGCAGCACAGAUUUUCCUUGUACGAGAAGCCGAUUCCCAAGCAGAUGCUCAUCCUGGAACAUUCAAUGCGUGCUUACCACCACUACCAUCAUCCUCACCGGAGGUUUUUGUCAUCCCGGCCUCCGGAGGUCGCUAGGAUUGAAGCAGAGCUGGCAAGAAAGAGAAAUCUGGCCGAGGCGGACAUGGCUCCAGACAAGAAGACAAAGAAAGUUGUAGCACUGGAUUUGAGACCUUUUAUGAAUCGGGCACCUCUAACGGUUCGUCGGGAAUGCUCGGCUCAGCGUGUCUAUGUCAUAUUUAGAACCCUGGGGCUUCGUCACCUGUGUGUGACAGACUCUCACAACAGGGUAAUUGGGAUCAUAACACGGAAAGACAUUGCGAUGGCCCAGAAGCAAGGCUUUCAGAAGAAAUCUCUGCAGCACUGGGACUCAGACAUCAGGAGCUUGGUAGCAGAGGCUAGCACCAGCGAAACGAGCAAGAAUAGAAACAAGCUCUUCAACCUCCCAUAGACGGAGGGAGGCGGCCAUCUACCAAACAAAAGAAGUUUGUAUAUACCUUGUCACACAGUUUACAGUUGGAGCGUUCAGAGAUCUCAGCAACGAUUCUUCCUAUAGCACCUCUCCGAAUAAGAAGAAAAAACCUUGUAGGAAAAGCUGGCAAAUAAUGGAGAGGAUAUGGAUGUGGGAUUCUCCCAAAUGCGAUGGCUAGUUCUAUAAGAGAACCAAGGAAAAGAGAAAAUAAAGUAUAUUAUCAGGUC